AUGAGGAUCUUUGUAAUUAUCUUCGUGUUAGUACCCAUUGCAGUUCAGGGUAAGAUAGAGGACGUUGCCAGUAUAAAUUCUCGUCAAGAAAAUGAAUCUUUGACUCGCCUUUCCAUUAAGUGCGCAAACUUUUCUCACCUUGAGGAACACCUUAUUUUCCAACCCAAAUCUGCACUUCUUUCUCUGUAUAUUUGCUUUUGACUUUUAUUCUUUAGCUGUUCAUGCGUCAACAUCAUCGUACGCGCCCAGUACAACACAUAAGCCGAAAAAUAUCGGCGGGAAUCAUCCAGACCACCAGAACCUUCCAAUCAAGCGUAAGUCACCUAGAACACCCUCUAACACAUAGUUUGAAUCUCCAACUUGUAUUAUUCUGCAGAAACACUGGAAAUGCCGAAAGACCAUUAGAGACCAAAUAUUUUUUGCAUUUUAUAAUAUCUGUUGCGACGCCCCUGUGCAUUUCUCGGUGUACAGGGUCUCCUGACAGCACGCCACGAAAAAACUGGAAAUAGAGAAAUUCGCGGGAAAAGGUUUUCGACAUUUCAUACGCUGAAACCUUUACAAAUAAAUAACAAAAAUGAUUCCAAAAUUCUAAUAAACAACAAUUUACGUGUGAAACCGGCGAGAAAGCAUCGAAAGGCAUCUAGGAGGUGCACCCCGAACUUCUUAGAUUGAUCGAAGAAGAGAAAGGAAUUAUAUUGUACUAGGCAAAAUUGGAUCAAAAUCGAUGAAUCUGACCGAAUUCGAGCUCUUCCGAGGUUUACAAGAGUAGCAGGGCUUUGAUCCUGCUACAACAGACCACUACUAAAUUGAAAUUCAUCAAAUCUUCUUUAUUUCCACCUAAACAUAAACCAAUAAGAAUAAUUAAAAUUACAUAAAUUUUCGACAAUCCAUCGAAUUUGUCGGAUACAAUCUGAACUCGGAAUUCAAUCUCCACACCCAUUGGUACAUUAUGCUGGCUUUCACAUUCUACUUCAACAUGGACCGGCUGAAAUAUCAAUUAUAUUAUUUUAGGUAUAACCAGACAAAAUUAUUGGCUCAAUUGCCUAAAAACAAAAAAUCAAAAAGGCAACGUCACAAACUUAACUUGAAAUGUUCUAAACGUCGUCUGCUUCCUCUGAUCCAGCUUUGCUCACGCCUUCUCCAGUCCUUUCUUGCGUUUCUCGUCAGCCCCUGCAAAAUGAUACAAUAAUGAACCGACAAGUGCCCUCUUUCGACUAUAAAAUUUCCCGAUCUCUUCUUUACAACGUCCCCUAAGAUGUCUCACACAACACCACAUAGCGAUUAAUCCCUAAUCUGGAUGCAAAAAGAGAAAUCCUACCUUUUCUGGAGACACCAUCAGCUCCUGCAGAACGAUGUAGUAAUGAACCGACAAGUGCCCUUUUUCGACUAUAGAAUUUCCCGAUUUCUUCUUUCCAACGUCCCCUAAGAUGUCUCACACAAAACAGAUCAGCUCCUUUGUACCUAAACCGGAUGAGUAAAGAGAAAUCCUACCUUUUCUGGGGACACCAUCAGCUCCUGCAGAAUGAUGUAGUAAUGAACCGACAAGUGCCCUUUUUCGACUAUAGAAUUUCCCGAUUUCUUCUUUCCAACGUCCGCUAGGAUGUCUCACACAACACCACAUGGCGAUUAAUCUAUAAACUGGGCACAAAAAGAGAAAUCUUACAUUUUCUGAAGACACUUACAUAGCUGGUAAAUCAAUGUUGGGGUCGGAGCGCGAUGUGCUGGGCUCCAUGGACUCAUCCAUUACACUCAACGGAACCUUCCUGAAGUUCUCAGCUAGCUUUAUGUUGAUUCUCUUCUUCUGGUUCAGCUUUUCUUGCGUUUCUCCAUCGGUCCAUGCAAAAUGAUGCAAUUAUGAACCGACAAGUGCCCUUUUUCGACUAUAGAAUUUCCCGAUUUCUUCUUUCCAACGUCCGCUAGGAUGUCUCACACAACACCACAUGGCGAUUAAUCUAUAAACUGGAAAUCUUACAUUUUCUGAAAACACUUCCAUACCUGGUGAAUCAAUGUUGGGGUCAGAGCGCGAUGUGCCGGGCUCCAUGGACUCAUCCAUUAUACUCAACACUUGAAACUCAAAGCAACGUAAUUUUAAAGAUAAUAUACAUCCCGAAAUUGUUCCAAAUUCCAGAGUUACAACACUAUCUAACACAAUAUUCAUUCCACCAAAAAAAUCAAGAAAUAUUGGGCGCAGCUCGAAAUCUCUAUUUCCAAUUUUGCCUUACGUUUUUCGUGGCGUGCUGACAGUAUUAUUAUUCUAGAGUUUAAGCCGGUUCUGACCGCCCGCGCUGACAAGCCUGCUUUGAAGAACGUCACAACACUUCCAGACGACCAAAGAAGACAACACCUUCCAUUUUCCGGAAUCCGAGGAUUCUUCAGUUCGAUUUUUGGAUAA